AUGAAAUCAGACAAAGUGAAACCAUCAGCAGUUAAAUUGUACGCCGCAAAUGGGACUGCUAUUGAAGUGUACGGUGAGGUGUUGAUUAAAGUUAAUCUCGGUCUCCGCCGCGAGUUUUUGUGGACUUUUAUUAUCGCCGAUGUUGCGUCGGGCAUAAUCGGAGCAGAUUUUAUAUGCAACUUUGAUCUGUUGAUCGAUUUGAAACGAAACCGCCUUAUAGACAAUACUACUCGCCUCGACUCGGUCGGUUCCCUCACUCUCACUAGGGACUAUUCAAUAAAGACUUUUAGUGCCGUGUCACCAUAUGCCAGCAUACUGGCAGAAUUCCCUAGUAUCACCCGGUUAGCACCUCCGGGAACAGUUAGCCAAUCUUCGAUCGUGCACCGGAUUGUAACGACCGGUCAACCAGUUUAUGCCAGGCCCCGACGUCUCGCGCCAGACAAACUGGACGCCGCUCGUACCGAAUUCGAGCAUUUAAUGAAGCUGGGAAUCUGUCGCCCGUCCAGCAGCAACUGGGCCAGCCCACUCCAUAUGGUGUAG